AUGCCCUGCGUCCUGGCACACUCCUUCUGCCACGUAAGCCAGGAGUUCAUUCCACCCCAAGGAAACAUCUCUCUGCUAGCCGCCUGCUACCCGGACUUCAUCGACGUAAUGAACCGCCAUCACGAACUUGGAAUCCUCUACUGCCGGUAUGGCGGCUUGGCCAGUCUUCUCAAUAGAGUGUGGCUGGCGCCCGAUAAGUAUGCCAGCCGCAUCUACGGUUUAGUGGUUGCUGACGGCUUGGUCGCGCAUUCACAUGUGCAUGAUGUGCUUAUGAACUAUGUUCUGUCGUUGCCGAACCUGGCCUUCAUUGCAAUCACCAAGACGCCUACAAGUCCACUGCUCUAUCGCUCAACGGUCGAAGAAAUCCAAGACUCCCUGGCACCUCGAUUGGCGAGGUUCAGACACCACCCCCGAACUUUGUCAGGUGCGGUCCACAUUUUAUGGAUGGCUAAUGAGGUCGGCCUGAAUCGCGUUCGGGCUAUUGACGGGGCGCAGCUUGCGGCGGGCGUGGAGCGCACGAUGGUCCCUCUGCCAGCUCUUUUGAACCAAGUGCAGGAGGAACUCGAAUUGCGUUGGAUGCGGAUGUUUCCUCAUUAG